CUCCGGGGCGCUCUCGUGUCCCGGCUCUGUCGCCCUGGGUAUGGCCGGCCGUGGCCUUGGGGCUGUGGCCCGAGCCUGAGAGCUGAGCCCUGGAGGCUGAACCUCUAAGGCGUGCUCUGAAGCUUAGCACCUGAAGGACGUCUGGGGUGGGCGGCGGGCAGGGGCCUGGCACCCAGGGAGGAUGGGGGACAGACUGCUAUCAUGUCAGGCCCCUUUGAGGGGGGAGAGCGCCCCUUAGUCCCGGGAGGAGAGGUGCUGGGUCUUCUCAGCAUCCGCCGCCUCUCACAUCCCCUGCUCCCCGCCCAGGCGCAAAGAGGUAAGGCGGGGGUCGCAGGGAGGAGUGCUGCAUUCACAGUCGGCCUCCUGUGUGACCAAAUGAGUCUGUGGUCCCCGCCGUCAGGAGCCCCGGCCCGGGACAGGGCUAGGGUGGGCGUGGGGGGCAGACAGCAGGUCAGCUGCAGACUGCGGUAGAAGGGCAUAGAAGGGCCUCCCACAGUUGACCCAGACUCAGUACUAGGUAUUGUGGACGCCGGGCGGCACGUAUGGGUUUGGCUAACCCUUGCUAUAGCUCUGCAAGGUGGAAAUUAGUAUUCCUACCUCAUAAAGGAGAAGAUGAAGCCCAGAGAGGUGAGCUUCUUUGGGGCCAAGUAGGUAGUGGUAUAGUUUGAGAGGCCCACCCCUGGAGCGAUGACACAGCUGGCUGCCUCAGAGGUGAGGUGGGAAGGUCCCAGGGUGCAGAUGGAGGGAGCACAGCUCCUGACACUCUUGUACUCUAGUAGCCUGUGGAGAGGGCAGCUGGGGCCUGCUGCUAUGGUUCUUGACCUCGUUGCCCCCAAUUGCCUCUUUGUAAAGUAUUCCCGGGACCAUCCUGGUGACUGAGGGGCUCUGAGGAUUUGGCCUCUUCACAGAUAGUUUCGCUUCAGAGCCCUGUUCCUCCCAAACCACCCAUCACUCAAGAUGGGUUUUUAGCACCUAAAGUGGCCCCACUCGUAAUUCAGAGACUUGGGCAGGGAGGACAGGGUUUGUGGGUGUGGGUGGGCUUCUGCUGGUGGGGGGCAAAUUUCCCGCAGGCAGGACGAGGAGACCUGAACUGACCCUGACCACCGCAGCCCUCCACUUCCCCAAGGUCUCCCUAUUUGUUAGGUGUGGAGCUAGGCCUUCCCAAAAGACAGUUUCUCAUGUCUCCUCAGGCAGGUGGCUGACCUUCCCUGAGCCCCAGCUUCCUUAUCAAAGAAUGUGGGUAGAGAUGAAAUGAGUCAAAGCCUUGAAUGCACAGAGGGGCUUUGUAAAUUUUAGAGCCCCCUGCCUUCUGCUGGCACCCGCCCUAGAGCCUGAGUGUAAUGAUUCCCCAUUGGGGGUGGGGAAUAUAAGGUGACACUCAUGUGUGUUUGGUCCAAACUGGUGUCUGCCCACUUGGCAUUGUUCUGUUUCACACACUCAGUGAGGUGGGAUGAGGAACUUGGUGAGUUCACUUUGCAGGGUGAGCUGGGGCUGGUGAGAAAAAGGGCUUCACGAGAGUUGAGAGUUCACUAUGGGGUGAUGCUACUGGCCCUGGAAACCCCCUUCUUGGCUAUCUCUCAGGAAGCCACUGACUUCUCCAACCCCUGAUGCGACCAUUGGACGCAGAACCCUGGGAAGAACAGCUGGAGUAGGCUAGCUGUGUGACUUUUAGCAAGUCCCUUCCCCUCUCUGAACUUCGGUUUCCUUCUUUUGUAAAACAAGUGAGUUACCAGACAGCAGUGGUUUUCAAACUUUUUUUUUUUUUUCCUGAUGAACUCUUAUACAGAACCCUAGCGUACGGUAUGGAAAAAGUGGAACUGUUCUGGGCAAAGUUGGGGGGAGACCAUCUGGCUCCUCUCCCUCACCCUGGUGGACCCUGAAGCAGAGUUAAAAAAUCCUCGAACAGAUGACUUGUGAGGUCUCUUUCUGUGAAGUUCUAGGAAAUCUGUUUUAAGCCCCUAAAGGUUUGGGGGCAGGGACAUGAAUUCCAGCAACUCCAGUAAGAGAAAUGCAGGCAUCAUGGUGGACCUUAUUCGUGGAAUGUCUGGAGCCUAAGGCCUGAGUGCUUUAGGCCAAAAGUGUGUCCUUUCCCUCUGCCGUGUGAUUUUGGCUUUUCACAGGGCCAGAAAGGUGUCUAAACCUCCUGGGUCCUUUUCUAGCUCCAAGCUGGUAUCUAUAAUUCCAUCUCAGAGUUUCUCUGCUUCUGUUUCACGUUUCUGAGCUGGUAAAAUGUAAAUCUAUCUUGAGGGCAGGUGUGAAGAAAGGGCUUUAAGUGGUUAUCAGCUGUUUUUGCCUGAUGAGGUAUCUGAGCAGCUGCCUGGAGAAGCCAGAAAGGAGGCUCAUACACUAAAUUCAAAUCAGUCAACAUUUAUGGACUGCCUGCUGUAUACCAGCUACUUCAGAGGGACAGAGGGGACAACAUCAUACCCCCGCCCUCUUGGGUCUCUUAAGGCCAUCGGCAGGAGGGCAGGCACUCACAUUUGUUGGGCAUGUCCAGGGACCAUUCAAAACAGUUUCCAUAUGUUAUCUCAUUUGUCCCAUAAAGGAGGUAUUAGCCUCAUUUUCUAUUAUGUAAAUUUCUUAUUAUUAUGUACAUAAUAAGUGCACCUGUCAUAUAUCCAUGCAACCUCCACCUAGAUCAAGAAGCAACGUUGCCAGCACCCAGAAGCUUCCUGACGCCCCCAUCUAGUCACAACCCCCCACCCCUAACCCCUAUUCUGACUUCCAAAACCAUGGAUUAUUUUUACUUAUUUUUGUCUUUUAUGUAAAUGGAUCACACGUUAUGUCGUCUUUUAUGUCUGGCUUCUUUCAUUCAGGAGCCAUGGUGGUGCAGUGGUUAAGAGCUCGGCUUCUAACCAAAACAUUGGCAGUUCGAAUCCGCCAGCUGCUCUUCGGAAACCCUAUGGGGCAGUUCUACUCUGUCCUAUAGGGUCACUGUGAGUCGGAAUCGACUCGACGGCAUGGGUUUGGUUUGCUUUUCUUCCUUUCAUUCAGUGUUAUGUUUAAGAUUCAUCCACAUUGUUGCAGGUGGCAGUAGUUUGGUCAUUCUCAUUGUCAUGUAACAGUUCCAUUGUAUGCACAUCCCUCUAUUUAUAUGUGCUUCUAUUGAUGGACAUUUGGUUGUUUCCAACUUUUAUUUCUUACUGAUAGUGCUCCUGUGAACAAUCUGUGGUGGUUGUGGUUAGGUGGUGUCAAGGCAAUUAUGACUCAUAGUCACCUAUGUGCCAGGGUAGAAUGGCCCCAUAGGGUUUUCUUGGGUGUAAUCUUUAUGGAAGGAGAUCACCAGUUCCUUCUCAUGUAGAACCACUGGGUGGGUUUGAACUGCCAACCUUUCAGUUAGCAGCUGAGUGCUUAAUUGUGCCACCAGGGCUCCUUGUAAACAUUCUAGCAUAGACUAUUUUGGAAAAUAUCUGCACGCACAUCUCUGGGGUAUGUAGCUAGGAGUGGGUAUGUCUAUGAAGCUGCCCGACAGUUCUCCAAAGUGCUUGCCCCAGCGUACAUUCCCCUAGUAGUGUUUGAGUGUUCUAGUUCUCUACAUCCUUAGCAACACUGGCCACUGUCUAACCUCACUUUCCAUGUCAGUAGUUUGAAGCCCAGAGAAGUUUCCCUGUGCUUGGCAAAUGCUAGACAGUGCUGGGGCUGGGAUUUGAACCCAGGCCUGUGUGACCAGAGUCUGUGCCCUCUCUCUGGUUCAGACAUGGACAUAGAUUGUGAUUCGAACCAGAAUGUGAUAACCAAAACCAAACCCGUUGCUGUCGAGUUGAUUCUGACUCAUAGUGACCCUAUAGGGUAGAGUAGAACUGCCCUAUGGGGUUUCCAAGGAUUGGCUGGUGGACUGGAAGUGCUGACCUUUUUGGUUAGCAGCUGAGCUGCUAACCACUGUGCCACCAGGGCUCCCUAAAAAUCUAUUCACAGCACUCUCUGGGAGUAUAAAGUGGCAGGGGGAGAGUUUGCGUUUGCUUUUGGGGGAGAAAGAGUCAUGGAGCCUCAUAGAGAUGGUGGUAUUUGAGCUGGGCCUUGCAGGAGGGAACGGUUUUUCCAGGAGAGGCUCCCAGCUUGAGCUGGAUAUGGCAGGAGUGAAAGUUUCCGGGGAACAGGAAAGGUCUACUUUGGUUGUAAUAUAGAAUAUGUGCGGUGCUAAGCCUGGAAAGGCAAGUUGGGGCCAAACUGGUAGGCUCCCCUGUCCCCCACCCCCAGCCUCCCAGAAGUGGAACCUGAGGCAGGGGAACUGCGUGGCGCUGCUCCCAAUCAGCUCAGCUCCUGAUAGCAGUCGAAGCUGGCCUCUCACCAAGUAGAGGAUCUUAACUGUUCCUGUGACCACUCUUGGGGUGUCUGCCAACAGAAUUUUUUGGAGUUUCUACUUCCAUCUAACUAUGUGAAAUUAGUAACCCUGCUCCCCAAGGCUUGACAAAAAUGGUUUAUUUGGAAGGAUUUUUUUCAGCAAAAAGAAGAUGGUAGAUGGAAAUUCCGCCGCCCCUCCCCCCCCAGGCUAGUCUCGGGAAUUUGCCAGGACAGUGGGGUGGGGGUAGGUUCGGCUUCUGAUUCUGGUCAAGCCAAACUUGGAGACCUAAAAUCCUUUUCCUCAGAAAGGAACCAAACUGAUGUCUCAAUGACUGUGGGAGGCAGAAACAGAGACACUGGCCUUGGAUGAGUCAAAUAAUAAUAGUAAUAAUAAUAAUCCUUCUUAGUCGGAAUCGACUCGAUGGCACUGGGUUUGGUUUGGUCUUAUUUGCAUAGCAUUCUUGGUUUUUAAAGUGUUUUCAACACCCUUAUUACAGUGGGCCCUCACAGAUGUUAUCACCCCUGUGUACAGCACCCAGAGAGAGUGCUAACCUGCUGGGGGUCGUGCUGCCGCACACACUCAGGCUAGUCUAGACCUGGGCUCCUGGAGCCUACGCUUUUCAGGGUUCCAUGCUUGCCUGGGCCCUGGCUGAACACACAGUGAAGACUGAAUAGAGAGAAAGAUGUGAGAUGAGCCAUGGGUGCUUACAGGCAUCAGGUUGGUGGGUGACCCUGAGAGCAAGGCUAGGAGCCAGGCCAGCUAUGCCUGGGGGUCUCCAGAGACCUGUGUGCCUCAGUGGAAUGAAGGGAGGCAGGUAGGUGGCAUCCUGGUAAUAGAGCUCUGGUUUGCAGGGGGCAGAGGUGGAGGAAAGAAGGUGAAGUGUGUACACACUUUGAGUUAGAAUAGCUCCAGCCACUUGGUGAUGGAUAAUGAGAUGUGCCCUUACAUAAUGGUGCCCGGGAAAAGCAGCCUUUCGGGGUUCAUGGGGUCUGGGUGUGGUUGGUAUCUGAAUGGCAGGCAAAAAGCAAAGCUGCCAACACCAGCUGAAAUGGUUUCCGAGAAAACUUGGCUGAUGACUCUUGAAAGAUGCAUCCACAGGCAGCUGGUUUUAGCUUUGUGUUUUGCAGGCUGUGCCCUGUGUCCUGCCCUCGGGGUGCUGGCUAGGGUGGCAUCUGGCUCUCCUGGGCAUGGGUGAGCUCCUUGGGGUGGGGGAUCCCGCAGAGGAUGCAAACAACUUCUCCUGGUGACAUGGGGAGCACCCUCCAUGGGCUCAGAGCUGUCGUGAGGUUCUCAUUAAGGUGCUUGGGCAGCCAGAGUGAGCUCCAUUUUACAGAUGAGGAAACUGAGGCUCUUCUGAUAAGAGAUGAGGUCACAGAGCUAGUUGCGGGCAAAACUGGAACUAGGACCUCAGGCUUCUGACUCCUGGUGCCUGUUUUAAUUUGCCACACCGCUCCCACCCAUAUUUCCCUUGGGCGAUGACUGAGAGAGUUUACAAAUUGGUUCAGAUUUGCAGUGGGGUGGCACAGGCCCUGAGAGAACUGAGGUCAUGAUAAUCCCUUAGCUUCUAAGCAUUUUAUAGUUUGCAAAAUAAUUUUGUAAAUUGAGGUUGAUCUUUACAGUAUUAGCCUUGUUUUAUAGAUGAAGAAGCUGAGGCUCUGGAAGCUUAUGUGACUUGCCCAAGCAGACCUGGAACUCAAACCCAAUACUUCUGACUCAAAAACUAGUGCUCUUUCUACUGCAUCCUAGCUGCCUCUUCUCAGGAGACCUGAAUUUAAUGACAACCAAUUGCCCAAGUUCGCCAUGGGUCUAUUUCUCUGAAUCUUUUUGGAACAGACCUGAAAAAGUCAGUAGGCUCCAGGCCUCAAUGAGGAGCCCAACAUGGAGACGUUCAAGCAGCAGAAGGUGGAGGACUUUUAUGACAUCGGGGAGGAGCUGGGGAGCGGCCAGUUCGCCAUCGUGAAGAAGUGCCGAGAGAAGAGCACGGGGCUGGAAUACGCAGCCAAGUUCAUCAAGAAGCGGCAGAACCAGGCCAGCCGGCGGGGCGUGCAGCGGGAGGAGAUCGAGCGGGAGGUGAACAUCCUGCGGCAGGUGCUGCACCCCAACGUCAUCACGCUGCACGACGUCUACGAGAACCGUACCGACGUGGUGCUCAUCCUGGAGCUAGUGUCCGGAGGAGAGCUCUUUGACUUCCUGGCCCAGAAGGAGUCACUGAGUGAGGAGGAGGCCACCAGCUUCAUUAAGCAGAUCCUAGAGGGGGUGAACUACCUUCAUGCCAAGAAGAUUGCUCACUUUGAUCUCAAGCCAGAAAACAUUAUGUUGUUAGACAAGGAUAUUCCCAUUCCACACAUCAAGCUGAUUGACUUUGGCCUGGCUCAUGAAAUAGAAGACGGAGUUGAGUUUAAGAGCAUUUUUGGGACGCCGGAAUUUGUUGCUCCAGAAAUCGUGAACUAUGAGCCCCUGGGGCUGGAGGCUGACAUGUGGAGCAUCGGUGUCAUCACCUAUAUCCUCCUAAGCGGAGCAUCCCCUUUCCUGGGAGACACGAAGCAGGAAACGCUGGCAAAUAUCACAGCAGUGAGUUAUGACUUUGACGAGGAAUUCUUCAGCCAAACUAGUGAGCUGGCCAAGGACUUCAUUCGGAAGCUUCUGGUUAAAGAGACCCGGAAACGACUCACGAUCCAAGAGGCUCUCACACACCCCUGGAUCAUGUUGAAAGGAGACGUCAGAGCCCCUGAACAGCGGAAGACCAAGCGCCUGAGAGAGUACACCCUCAAGUGCCACUCAAGCAUGCCCCCCAACAACACCUACAUCAACUUCGAGCGUUUUGCCCACGUGGUAGAGGACAUGGCUCUGGUGGAGCAGGGAUGCCGCUCCCUGGCGGGGGCCCAUGAUACCAUCCAGGACGACGUGGAGGCCUUGGUCUCCAUCUACAAUGAGAAGGAGGCCUGGUACCGAGAGGAAAGCGAGAACACCCGGCAUCACCUGUCCCAGCUCAGGUACGAGUUUCGCAAGGUAGAGUCCCUGAAGAAACUCCUGCGCGAAGACAUCCGGGCUACAGGGUCCAGCCUUGGAAGCGUGGGCAGGAAAUUGGACCGUCUGCAGGCGCAGUUUGAGGAUCUAAGGCAGGAGCUCUCAGCAGACCUACAGUGGAUCCAGGAUCUGGUGGGCAGCUUCCAGCUGGAGAGUGGGAACACAGAUGGCCUGGGCUCCGUGUUCCACCAGGACGCCAGUGAAUCCCUGACGGAGCUGCUCAACAGAGCGUGCAGUGAGGAAGUCCUGGCCGGCUUGAAGUUCUGAAGCCCCAGAAUCCAGCCAGGAAUUAAUGCAUCCCGGAUGGCUUGCAUAAGCAUGCUCUCAAGUGCCCUGCUGGGUCAUCCAGCUAGACUUAUCCUGCAGGUUCUAGUUAACAAUUCAUUCUGCACUUCCCCUCACCAACCUGGUUUUCUGGGGAGGGAGCUGGCAGGGCAGCCAAGCUUUUAAAGCAGUUAGAGAAUGGAUACCCCUGACUGGAAAGCCCUAGCGUACCCUGCCCCAGAGGGAGGAAUGCUGGCCCUGGGGAGAUGCCUGAUAAUUGAUUUGAGAUGAUGGAUCUGCUCACACCCCACUUCUCGCCUACGCACCUCACGGAUUGCAGAGCUUGGGUAAUACUUGAAUGGACUGGGGAUGAUAGUAAGUCAGCUUGGUGCUUUCCUGCCGCAGAAGCAGGAGUUUAAAAUGAACAGAGAAAAUAAUACUGCCUUUCGUUUGGAUUGACUUUUCACUUACCAAGCCCUGUAUGCCUGUGGCCUCAUUUGAUCCUUAAAAGAACUCUGUGAGAUAGAAAGCCCGUGGACAACCAGCAAGCCAUGGUGCGCAGGGAGUCCCUGAUCAACUUGGAGAACUUCAAGAAGCAGUAUGUGCGCCGGCGAUGGAAG